GAAUCAUUUCAUCCCGUGGAAGUUUCUGAUGGACUCUGGGUGGUGCCUGAAUGGACAACUCCUCCAGAUCUUCAAGCAACAAAUAUAAUUCUAAAUCCUGGCUUGGCAUUUGGAACUGGGGAGCACCCAACAACUAAGUUGUGUCUCCUCCUGCUGCGUGAUUUGAUAAGAGGGGGUGAACUCUUCUUGGACUAUGGAACUGGUUCUGGUGUUCUAGCAAUUGCAGCUCUUAAGUUUGGUGCAAUCUUUUCAGUUGGUUUUGAUAUAGAUCCCCAGGCAAUUACAUCUGCUCGAUAUAAUGCUACUAUAAACAACAUUGGACAUGAGAAGUUACUUUUAAGUCUUGUUCCUGGCAAAGGAAGUCUUCCCUCUGCAGAUUUUGAUUCAAGUAUGGACAUCGGUGAAACUGCCUAUGAUGCAGAAGUUUUAAAUAAGAUGGGAAACUAUGACGUCGUUGUGGCAAACAUACUAUUGAAUCCUCUGCUUGAGCUGGCAGAUCAGAUUGUGUCCUAUGCAAAGCCUGGUGCAACUGUUGCUCUUUCAGGGAUCAUAUCUGAGCAGAUUCCUCGGAUCCUAGAAAAGUAUUCACCAUACCUGGAGAACCUUACAGUUUCAAAGAUGGACAACUGGGCUUGCAUAAGUGGCUUAAAGAAAUGACCGAGCAGCAGCAGAAGGGAAAACAGAGGUUGAUUUUUCUAACGUUAAAAGAACUUUGAGAAAUUCUGAUGUAUUAAGGGACUGAACUUUGCUCGUCAUUGACUUUUCGAGAGCAAUGCAUGGCCAGUUAAAUGUAUUAUUCACCUUUGUUUAUCUGGACAAGUGUUGGAAACCCUUGUUAAAAGUAUAGAAACACCUGCUUCACUAACCACGAGAGACUUCAUACUUGCUGAAGGUUGCGCGAAGAGUACUACCUCAAGAUCCUAAGUUUAUCGGCUAUUUAGUCUGUAUGUAUAUUGCUUUCUGUAAAAGAUAAUCUUUAGAAGCUCUGAUGUUCUUCUAGAAGAGUAAAAGUUAGAAUACAUGUGACACAUUCUCAUAUUUAAGUUGGUCUGAUGGUAAGCAACCUCCACUUCUAACCAAGAGGU